GUGAUGGAAGCUCACUCCACCGAGUGUCAAAAACCAGGAUUUCUUGUAGGGAUUCUGGGGGAACCUCCUGAGCUGGGUGGGAGUGCUUCCCACCUAGUCAUCAGGAUGUAAUUUUAGAAGGAGGUCGAUGCAAAAUCAGAUUGUAAGGACAGGGGUUGCUUGGGCCCUGGCUCUGCUCACAGCACAACCACAGCUGGCUAGGGCUAAGCCAUUUCCCCCAUCACAGCUGUCCUGGAGAGAGGGGUGGACAGGAGCCUCUGGGGGACAGGCACCCCUCCUUCACCCCCAAACCCGCGCCCUCCCCUAUGCAUUUUAAAGAGAAAGCUAAGUCUCACUUUCAAAGCCCACACUUAGUCUCAACUAGGGAAUCAACAGAAGCAGAAGCGAUUUUUUUCCCCCUUCUUGACAUCUGGCUCGCGAUUGGCUGGAAGGGGGUCAGCUGACUUUGUCAUUUUGUCUGUCCUGGAUUGGAGCCGUCCCUAUAACCAUCUAGUUCCGAGUACAAACUGGAGACAGAAAUAAAUAUUAAAGAAAUCAUAGCCCGACCAGGUAAAGGCAAAGGGAUGAAUUCCUACUUCACUAACCCUUCCUUAUCCUGCCACCUCGCCGGGGGCCAGGACGUGCUCCCCAACGUCGCCCUCAAUUCCUCUGCCUAUGAUCCAGUGAGACAUUUCUCGACCUAUGGAGCGGCGGUUGCCCAGAACCGGAUCUACUCGACUCCCUUUUAUUCGCCACAGGAGAAUGUCGUGUUCAGUUCCAGCCGGGGGCCGUAUGACUAUGGAUCUAAUUCCUUUUACCAGGAGAAAGACAUGCUCUCAAACUGCAGACAAAACACCUUAGGACACAACACACAGACCUCAAUCGCUCAGGAUUUUAGUUCUGAGCAAGGCAGGACUGCACCCCAGGACCAGAAAGCCAGUAUCCAGAUUUACCCCUGGAUGCAGCGAAUGAAUUCGCACAGUGGGGUUGGCUACGGAGCGGACCGGAGGCGCGGCCGCCAGAUCUACUCGCGGUACCAGACCCUGGAACUGGAGAAGGAAUUCCACUUCAACCGCUACCUAACGCGGCGCCGGCGCAUCGAGAUCGCCAACGCGCUCUGCCUGACCGAGCGGCAGAUCAAGAUCUGGUUCCAGAACCGCCGCAUGAAGUGGAAAAAAGAAUCCAACCUCACGUCCACGCUCUCGGGGGGCGGCGGAGGGGCGGCCGCUGACAGCCUGGGCGGCAAAGAAGAGAAGCGAGAAGACACAGAAGAGGAAAAGCAGAAAGAGUGACCAGGACUAUGGUCUCUGCCACCCGGCUCUCCUCCUCCCUCGCUAACCUCUCCCCCGGCGCGCGCGCGCGCGCGCGCACACACACACACACACACCACCACCACAGCCGCCACGGCCACCACCAUCCCAGGCGCCCCUAAACCACACACUCUGUAUUUAUCGCUGGCACAAUUGAUGUGUUUUGAACGCCCAACGUGGACCUGAAAGUCAGCUCUGCCUGCCGUCUCCCCCACCCCCG